AUGACUGUUGAUUCAGAUGCUGCAAACAGUCGAUUGGUGGUAUUUGUUGGCCCACACAAAUCAGCAUCUUCCAGCAUACAAGAAUUCUUCCUCCGUCAUGCCCCUUCUGCUCACAAUGGCACUGGUGGAAAGUUGAUUCAAAAUCAUCAUCCAUCCCUGGCCAACUGGACAUGGCCAUUUAUUAUUCGACGUCGAUCCUAUCAGCCACGAAAAGGGUUUGCUCCAUUAGUGACAGAAUAUGAAGAUCCUGGUUGGGAAAAAACAAUUCAUGAAACCAUUUUAAAUGUCUGGAAUUCUAAUGACAAUCAGAAACAGCAAAUCAUCUUGGGGACAGAGGAGUUGGAUCGAUUUGGCAAGACUCCAUGGUCUGGAAGGGAUGGGCUUGCAGCAAUUGAGAAGCUCAUAACCUUGCUUCAGCCUGACUCAAUUGAUAUAGUGGUGAAUUAUCGGCGCCCUAGAAGUCAUCAAUGGAUCAGCAUUUGGAAACAGCUGACGCGCAGAGAAAAGAAGACACCAGCCUAUUCAGAAUACCUAUGCCGUGAUAAUGCUCAGGAUAUGUUGUGGGAGUAUUUGAAUUGCGUGGCGAAUCCAAUAGGUUUGGCAGGUGCAUUGAUAGAACAAUUUGGCGAUAGAGCUACUAUCCAUAUAUUGGAUAUGGAUGGUAUCUCCAAGAAGGAUUUGGAUGUAUCACAUGUCUUCGCCUGCCGGGUUCUGAAAGAUGUGCCGUGUAGUACCGACAAUGAAUGGGUCGAUGGCAUGCCACAUCCUGCCCUACUGAAUCAAAAGUUUGGUAAUCCUGGAAUCACCCAACAACAGCUCGAUGAAAUGGAAUGGAUGUUCUUACAACGUGAUUGCAGCUACUUUGAGGACAAGUCGUUUCUUCAAAACCCGAAUCUAAAAGUACAUUAUGGCGAUACCAUGCUCCAGCCAUGUUCGGCUCUAGCCACCAAUGGGAUUCCUCGCUCUUCGUUUGCAAACACAACUAUCCUGCUGAAGCUGCUCCAGGCUCAAAUCGGAUGUGAUGGAACGACUAUUGAAGAUGUACUUCGCAAUGUCCAACCAGGUGUGGCAUUGAAAAUAAUGCCAGGGGCUAAGUCAUCGUCAAUAGCAGAAGCACAAUCGAAUGGAGGACUGAGGACAUUGCCUACAGAAAUACAUCCAAGUAAUAUUGAGAUGUCGAGUGAUUUGACACAAGAUGCAAUGAUUCGCAUGCAGCUAUAUGCCUUAUUGGUUGGAGUGGCUGCUUUUAUUUGUCUGUUUCUUCGGCGGAUAAAGCUCAAGCGCAAUAAGUCUCGAAGGCGCUGA